GCUAUUGAACUGCUUCUCCGAUCGAGUAUUCUUUCACACAUUGCAUCGCUAUGUCUCAACUAUUGUCCAACGUCAAAACACUCUGCAAACCAAUCCGAAAGUAGAAAAGGUGACAUGUAAAAGUGACAGAAAUUGUUAAAGCGUCGUAAACUCGCGUGUCCACGAAGUCUGGCUGACGCAGACAUCGCGAUGUAGACAUAAAUUAUUACGAAUUCAAAGUCGUGUUACUAUAACGUUCAAAUAAAAAUAAAAUACAUAUAUGUAUUCAUUUAUUGAAACACAACAUGGAUGAAACAAAAAACUACAAAAACUUAGUAUUAACGGUUAAAAAAUACCCUGCACUAUACGAUCUCAGUUGCAACAACUACCACAACAGAGUUGUACGAAAUAAAAUAUGGAAAGCAGUGGCGCAAGAACUGAGCGCUUCCGCCGCAGAAUGCAAGGAGAAAUGGAAGAAUCUACGCGCCAGUUUCACCAGACACUUGAGAAAUCAAAACACGGUGAAUUCGAAAUCGAAGAAACGAUAUUACAUGGCCGAUUACAUGGAUUUCCUCCUUCCCUACAGCAAAUUUCGCAGGCCGGAUGACAGUUUGAACGAAGAAAGAGCAAUAGCGGGAGAGAUUUGGAACGAUGAGACCGCCUCGGACACGUCCUCUAAUUACAAGAAAUUAAACAAAUCAGAACAGAAGAUGCUAGAGCCAGACAGAGAUAAUGAUACAAGAAACGAAGAGCAUGCAUUCUCUCAAAGCAAACCGAUCAAACUCGAAGACAGCUUGCAGACGCACAGUUGCUUGGAUAAUUGUAUCCUCACGAGUAGACAAGAUCACGACGAAUCAGUCAACGAUGCUGACUUGUUGUUCUUUAAAAGUUUGUUACCAGACGUGCGACAAAUGACUAGACAAGAGAAGAGAAACUUCAAGAUAUCCGUCUUGGAUCUGAUUAAUAAAAUAUUGGAUGAGAAAGAAUCGUCAAUGCCCGUGGUGAAUGACAAUUUCUGUUCUAUGAUACAAAAUCAAGACGAUGAAAAAGUAGAUUAG